GCAGCCGGGGUGCCGAGCGGGGCAGCGCCGAGCGGGCAGCCCGGCCGCGCUCCUGCCCUGCCCUGCCCUGCCCUGCGCCCGGCCGGAGCCAUGGAGGAGUUCCUGCAGCGCGCCCAGUCCCGGCUGAACAGGAGCAAACGCCUGGAAAAAGUCCAUGUUGUUCUUGGGAAUAAACCCUGUGAUUUGGAUUCACUUAUUUCUACCCUGGCCUAUGCCUAUUUUCUAGACAAGGUCAGUCCUCCUGAUGUUCUCUGCUUACCUGUGUUGAACAUACCAAGAAAAGACUUCAGCUACUUCACUGAGACAAGAUUUAUUUUGGACGAGCUGAAAAUCCCAGAGUCAUUCCAUAUCUUCAGAGAUGAAAUCAAUUUGCAUCAGCUGAAUGCUGAAGGGAAAUUGUCUCUAACGCUUGUAAACAGCAACAUGCUGACAAGUGAGGAUAAAAGUUUGGAAUCAGCUGUUGUCAAAGUCAUCAAUCCAGAUGAGCAAUGUGACAGGAGCCUGGAGUUACAAGCAUGUUCUUCCUCUUUAGUCGUAAAAGAGAUUCUUCAGAAGGCACCAGAGUUAAUCACUCAGCAACUGGCUUAUCUCCUCAGAGGGAGCAUUCUCUUCAAGUGCAUGUCUUUGGAAGCUGACAAAAUGACAGAGCACCAGGAGAAAGUACUGUCAGUUUUGGAGGAAAAGUUUCCAGAUCUUCCUCCACGAGAUGAAAUUAUCUCUGCUCUCCAAGAGACUCAGUUUAACACCCAAGGUGUGAGCAUUGAGGAGAUUAUGCUCAAGGAUCUCAAGGAGAUUUCAGAUGGAGAAAUCAAAGUAGCGAUUAGCACCGUGUACAUGACACUAGAGGACUGCAUAUUACACAGGAGUCUCAUUGGUGAUCUGAAAGCAUUCAUAGAUAAAUAUGGGUUCGAUGUACUUGUCAUUUUGGCCAACUGUUUGACAGAUGAGAAGCAGACAAAACAACAAAUAGCAGUAUACUCGGAAAACCUAGAGCUAGGCAAUCAAAUCUGCUGUGAAUUAGAAGAGUGUCAGAAUCCUUGUUUGGAGCUGGAUCCUCUAGAAUGUGAAUGUGACCAAAUUCUCAUUUAUCAUCAAGAAAAUUCUUCGGUGACCUGUGAUCAAAUUUUUCUUCUAAUUAAGGAAGUUAUAAAUAGAAGGCAACCAGAAAUGGUAUCAAACAGUAGAACUUCUUCUACUGAAGCUGUUGCUGGAAGUGCUCCACUUUCACAAGGAUCUUCUGGUAUUAUGGAGUUAUAUGGUUCUGAUGUAGAACCACAGCCCAGUUCUGCCAAUUUUAUAGAAAAUCCUCAAGAUCUAAAUGGGUCUAUGCAAGCCCACAUUGAUGUUAAUGUAGACCUUGUGAGUCCAGACAGUGGCUUGGCUACCAUUAGAAGCAGCCGGUCUUCCAAGGAGAGUUCUGUUUUUCUUAGUGAUGAUAGCCCUGUUGCAGAAGGUGCUGCUUCACAUCACAGUCUUUUGCCUGGCUUUGAUUCCUACAGCCCUAUUCCUGAAGGAGCAAUAGCUGAAGAGCAAAAGUCUCAGUCAGGAAGCAAUAGCGAUAACUUUGAUCUUUUCAAUUUUGAUCUAGCACCCAUGGUUACAGCUCCAUCUGAGUCAUCUUCUCGUUCUGUUGAUUGUUCCCCGGCAGAUUACUAUUUUCUCAAUAGUGAUUCAUCAGAAGGGCAUCAGCUAACUCUGAAGAAAAAACUUGAUGAGACAAACCUAUUAGAAAAUGAUUCAGGAAAGUAUUCAACUGACUUACUUAAAACAAAAAUUGAGGAAGACAGUCCAGCAGAAUUUGGUGAGAAUCCGGGAGAAACGUGUGAGAAAACUUCAAGUUUGAUUGAUUUAGUUGAAGGUGAUUCUUCUUCACCAGAAGCAUUGAAAUCUGCUGAUUCAAGAAUUCCACCAACUCCUAUGAAUAGUCUUGUAGAUACUUCACCAUUAGAUAAUGGGGAACCUUUAAUUUUCUCACAAGAUGUCAUUAAAAAAAUUAAUGAAAUAGGUGGCACAAAUUACUCUCCAUCUCGUGUUAGAUAUGGGAGCUGGUGGGACGGCUUUGACCUAGAUUCCAGAAAUGCUGAUGCAUGGAGUUCAAGUGAACAGGAAUCUGUAUUUCAGAGUCCUGUCUUAUGGAAAGAUUCUAAAGAAAGUCCUUUGCUACGAGAACAUACUGAUAGAAGAGCCUCAGAUUCUGUGUUCCUCCAAAAACAGCCCAAGCAAAUGGAAUAUAUGAAAGCAGGUCUAUGGGACAAUCAGUUUAAAGAAGAUAAUUGGAACCGUGAGAAUCAAGAGAAAAACACUGAACAUUCAUGUUUGCAAACUGCUUCUUUAGAUGAGACAAAGCAAGAAGUGGAGAGCUUUACAGACCUGUGGAAGGUCAGCCAACCAACACCUGUGAUGUCAGAUGCAUGGUGUAGUGGUGAAGAAAAAGGUAGCCAGCUAGCUGGAGACUCUUACAAAAUCUGGACCGAGUUAGAUGAAGGAAAUGCUGGUAAACCCUCAGAAAAGGUAUGGAACAUGCCCAAACUAGAUGGAGAGUUAAAAUCUGUGAAUAUUCCUGAGGAAUGGGCCUUAUCAAAAUCUGGUUUAUCAGAUUCUUCAGAAAUCACAGUGGACAAUGAAAUUGAAAAUCCAGAAGUAUGGGAUAAAGGAAGGUACUAUUCAAUAGAAGACCAUGGAAAACCUGAAAAUAUAACUUUUGUUUUCAACAAUAUGCAAAAUAAUUCCAAGCUGAACACAGAGGAAGCUUUGUUUGGUGAUCCUAAACAUAGACAAAAACAAUUUGAAAAUAUAGAUACCUGGAGUAUGUAUGAUAAAAACAUCAGAAAAGAAGUAACAGAAGUAGUGGUGCCAUGGGAGGAUACCUUCUUAUAUAAAAACUCGGAUCUUAAUUCCUCAAAUAUAGCGGAAGAUUUAGUUGUUUCUCCACCAGACACCAAUUAUUCAACAUCUGAUUCAUAUAUAUCACCUACAUAUGUGGAAGAUGAAAGAGAAAAUGAGGACAAGGAUUUUGAUGAAGGAACAGUUAAUGGUAAAUUCAUGAACACAAACUUGGCUGAGUCAGAAGUACUUGAGAAAUCAAGUAAGGAACCAUUGUCUCCUGACAAUGUGCCUUUGUCAAAUACUAGAAAUACAGAUAUCUGGGACACUCCCCUAAAUAACAUCACCCAGUUACAAGAAAGAAAUUCUGAAAUUCCAGUUCUUUCUGCAUCUGCUAAGCCUUGCCUUAAUUCAGAACAAACAGCUGAUCAAUGUUUUUCAACUGAAAUAUGUAGCAGUGAAAAUAACUUUCCUGUAUCUGAAAGCAGAAGAGUAAUGCUGGCAUAUAGUCAAACAAUGAAUGACUUAUCACCCUCACAGAAUGAAUUAAAUACUAGACAGAGAGCAGCUGACGAGGCAGAAGCAGUGGGCAGUGUUCCUGUAGAAGGCACGAACGUCUCUACACCAACUUCAGAAAAUGAGAAAGGUUUGGAUCUGAAAACAUGUGACUUAGGGAGUGAGAUACUUAGUAAGAAUGCAGCACAAAACACUGUUGGUAUUGAAGAAGAGUUGGGUAUUCAGGAUUCAGUGCACCAGCUGGACUCGUGGGAUUCACAGAGUGAGCAGGGGUGUGAGGAAGGCUGGGAUAAUGCCACUGUCAUCUCUAAGGAAGGAGAAGAAUGUAAGAGAACACAUGUGACAAGUGGGCAGCAGAUAAUUAAUGACAUUUGUAAUAAACCGGUGCAAGAGGGCAAUGAAUCUUCAGGUAAAACAGAUUUGGAAGAAAAUGAGCCAACAACUGAAGUUCCCACCUCCCCAGAAAAACUGAGAAAUUGUGUUAGUUUGGACGUAUUAAUCACAGAGAAUGUGUCAUUUUCUAAUCAAAGCAAUCCAGUUAGUCAGGAAGAGAGAAAAGACGUAUUGCAGAACAGUUUAGAAUCUUCAACUAUUACUGAAGGAGGCAGAGAUUAUGAAUUUUUUGAUGACCCCUUACCAAAAAAUUACAAUUAUAGUGAAAUGUCACAGCUGCUUUCUGAGGGGGCUGGAAAAGCAGCUGCUGUGACAGAGGAUGCAACAAGUCCCAAGAUGGAAAAUAUUUCUGAAAGUUCUGAUAAGGGUAGUGAUAAUCCUGAAAAUAAUUCUUCUAAAAUACUUGGAAGCUCAGGUGUCUGGAAUGACUCUGGAAAGAAUGAUUGUGGCCAAGCCAUAUCAAUUCCUUUGAUGGAUAAACCACAAGAACCUCUGGGAGAACAGCAAGAAUGCUUACAUGAAGUGACUUCUAACCAUCCAGACAUUUGUAAUUCUGAUUUACUAUCUUUUAAAAAUAGCUUAGAACUGAUGAGGACCAAUGAAAAUCCUUUCACAGAUGAGUUCAAGAAAAAUCUUUCUGGAUUUGUUAGUGUUCCUGAUAUUGCACAUAUGUCUGUGGUGGAAAAUUCAUUUUCACUUGAAAUAGCUUCUGGGAGAAAUGAAAACUGUGAAAAUGUAGAACCUGCUACUAAUCUUUGUGGAGAGCCAUUUGCAGUGCCUAAUGACAAUUUUCCCCAAACUGCUUGGGAUUCACAGCCACGUGAAGAUUUGCAGUCUCCUGGAACAAGUCCUGAGGCAAGCGAAGUCCUUGAAAUAGCAAAUACCACAAGCAGCCUUUCAAAAGAUAUACAGAUCAAAAGCUAUUUGGAAGAAGAUAAUAUGUGGAGUAAUUCAAUAAAUUAUUAUACACACUCAAGUGGAACAAGUCCUGACUUAAGUGAUACAUCUGUGAAUGUGUGGGGAGACCUUCCAGUUGCUAGUCAUCAUGAAAGAAGCAGGGAUGUGUGGGAGAUGAAAAAUAAUAAAAAUCUUGCAGAUUCCUUUAAAAAGCGGGAAUUUGGGAAUGAAUCUGAAGAAGAAUUUGAAACAAGUGGUGAAGAGAACAAAGUUCCUAAAAGCUUAGAUUUUUGGAAUGCCCAUGUAGAUGAUGAUACUGUAUCUUCUUUGUCAAGUCCUGACAUAAAUGAGGAUUCAGAGAAUUCAGAGGCAUGUCCAGAAGUGAUUCAUGAAGAUUCAGUGUGUGAAAACAAGCAGCACAGAGCAGCUGAAAAUGAAGAGGAUUAUGAUCAGUCCAAUGCAACAAGUCCUGAAGCUAAUGAAGAGAGUUUAGGUGCAAAAACCAAGGUGGGAGAGAACGUCCUCAUAAGCACCUUCAGUGAAAAUUCUGAAACAAUUGAAGCUGAAAAGGUAUUGCAGGAGGAUGGAACUAGUGCAUUUACUGAUCAUAAGACUACUCAAUCUACUACAGGCCACUGUGAAACACCUGAUGAAAUAACUCAGGUGACUGUUUUCAAUGAAAAACCAGAUAGUGGGGAAGACUCAUAUUUGUAUCAAAUGAGUGAAGAUCCUGCGUCAACUUCUGCUGAAGGUGAUAAAGAAGAGCAUUCUUCAAAAGCUGUAGAUAGGUGGAGUAUGUCACUGGAAGCUGAUUCAAGAACUAAUCCAAAAUCCACAAUAGGAACAUCUGAUUUUCUAGAUAACAGUUCAGAAUGGUGGAGUUUCCAGCCUUGCGAAGAAAAGCAAUUGGAAGAUCAGUAUUCUGGUUCAAGUCACUCUGUAACAAAUCAGCUGGGAAAUAGUAAGGAGUACUCCUCUGGCUCCCCUUCACAAGAUGAAGAACUAAGAGAAGCACAUUUCACAGAUCCAGGUAAUGAUGGAAAUCCACCUGCCCCCCUGUACUCUGAUGAAGAAGAAGAUGAAAGACUAGUACAUUCUGUCAAUAGUCCUGAUGGUCAGAUUAAUGAAGACACUUCACAGUUCAAUCAGUUUGACUCUUUCACACUGGAUAAAGAAGAAAGAGAGUUGAUAGAGCAGUUGUUUUCUACAGAUGAGGGAAAUCAACUGACUCCACAAAACUCUUUUUCAGAUGAGGAACAAGGUAUACCAAAUACAGCAGUUGAAGCAAUCACUGUACUGGAUCCACCAAAAGACAAUGAGGGAAAUGCAAAAGUCACCCCUCAAAGACAGCAGGAGGACACCUGUGAAAGAGUAGAAGUGCACAACUCCAUGCCAGGUGCUUUCACUGUAGAAGACUUAUCUUUUGAAAUGGCAGAAAAGUCAAGUCCAGAGUGGAAUAUAUUAGUUCCCCAAGCUUCACUUAUCCCAGAUAUUUUACAGGAUAACACACAAGGAAGUAAUCAGCAGUUUUCAGUGGAACCUGACCUGUGGACUAAUGCUGAGGAGACUGUCACUUUGAAAUCAGAUGGUGAAAAUCCUGAUAUUUUAAGUCACUGUGACCAAGACAAUGGUUCAGAGUCAUCAAGUAGUCCUGAUGUGUGCCAGGAAUAUGGAGCUAAGCAUGCCUCAAUCCCAUCUUCUCAGAUUGCAGUGGAGCCUGAAGACAAAGACAGUCAGCCAAUUCGUACAAGAUCAAAUGUGAAUAAAGAGGCAGAUAUUGAUUCAAAGUGUCAGUUAGUAAUGCAGAGUGAGAUGCACUCUGAAAAUGGUAGCCUCCAGGACUAUGAACCAGUAAAGACCAGUGAAUUCUAUCAGCUUAUCUCUUCUAAUUCUCAGGAGCUUCCUGAAUUUCCAAUUCCAGAAGAAUACAGUCUAGAAAAUAAGCUGGUUUUUGACCCUGUUGAGUCAACUGAAAUUGCCAGUGAAGUUAUAAAAGAGACAUCCUUAGAUGUGAAAGACAUGCUCCAUGGAAGUUUCACUGAUGCAAGCCACCAAGGAGCACCAACUGAUACAGCUCAAAUCACGACCUCUCAAAUGCAUUUGCUUCCCAUGGAUUUCAAUCAGCCUGAUAGGGAAGAACAAAGCUUAAAAGAAAUUAGUGCCUUGGGUGAAGUUGUAAAAUAUUCUGAAACUGACCAUACAGCAAUAACUGGUGUUGAGCUAGAUAGGUCAGAAGAAUGUGUGGAUGACUUUGACAUAGGGAUAGAACAUAGUAUCAGGGACACCUCAGUGACUAAUGUCCUGGCAGGCACAUGUGGUGGAGUGAACAUACUGACGUUGCUAGGCAGUGAGGCAGCAGAAGAUGAACGGACACUCCUUCCCAAAUCCUUUCUACCUGGUGGUAAUGAAGGUGAUGAGUCUGAUUCAAAUAAUCAACUGUUUGAUGACAUAGCAAAAGAAAAUGAAGCUGUAAUUGAAAAUGAUGUUCCUGUGUUCAAGGAAAUACCCAAUGACCAAUCACCAACAGUGUGCACUCCACUAUCCUCUGCAUCUUUUGAUGCUGAACCCUCUGGCAGCAGAGAGAAUGCAAACGGUGAGCUCCUGUUACAGCAGCCAUUUUAUGGCAGUGUUUCUUUGGAAAAACGAUUGCCGCUGCCAGCUCCUCUGGAAGGUGCAGAGGACAUCCUAAUGACCGAAGGUAAGGUGUCUGAGACAUCCACAGAGCGUCUUGAGGAAAAUUUCACCUCAGUACCAUCGCUCUCCAUGUCUGAAGUAACUCCCCCAGAUUCGGAUUUCUUGACAGGAAAAUCUGAAACAGACACAGCCGAUCCCGACUCACCACCAGGUGGAGAUAGAAGAUCGUGUGAUGAAGCUGGCACUGACUUCCUACUUUGUAGGGAGGAAAAGCUGACAAAUUCCCAUAAGAGCCCUGAACUAGAAAGUACAGACAGUAAAGAAGAUGUGAGGAUGCAGGUGCUCCCAGCUUCACUGGAGAUGGAUUACAUCCUUGUUACUGAGGAAGAAAAUACACCUGUAACAAAUGAUACCCUUGAAAGAAGCAAAAUUAAUUUUGCAUUUCAAGAAUCCCAUGAGGGCUUUUCACCAGGGUCCUUGGGUGCCCUUCAGGCAAUAUCAGUUUCAAAUGAAAGCAAAGAUCAUUUUGUUUGUGGGAUUGGAGACGCUGUUCACUUAGAAGAGAAAAAUUCUUCUGCUGUGCCUCAGAAGCUGGAUGGUGAAAUGAAAUCACAGGAAAGCUGUGGGCAAGACGAGGGCUGGAUUAUAUUGGGACAAAAUGAAGUAAGUGACAUAUCACCUGAAGAAAUUUCUGCCAAGACAGAGAUGCCAAGAUCAGGGUCCGAACAUUCUGGUGAAGAGCUGCCACCUAUUGCAGCGCAGGAAUUGAUUGACACUUGGACAGAAUUUCAGGUAGAAACUCCCCUUCAGAAAUCUUUUGAACAUGAAAGCUGUUCUCCUUCAGAUGGCCUGGCAGCUGAGAAUGUGAGUUCAGGCAUUGCAGGAACACCAGAGUUGCAGGUAGUUGGUGGUGAUAGUACGUGGGAAGCAAAUUCUCAGCAGAGGCUUGGGAAUAAUGUAGCAACAGAACAAGAAAUGAAGGAGGAAACGGUUCUUCUCAACAGUGACAGAGAAUUGAAUCAAAAAUCAGGGUUAGUACAAGAGGAUGUGGGAAUGGACAUCCCCUUAGCUGAGGGUGUACUAAGCCCCAGUUCUACAGAGAUGAGACCUGAACCUCCAAAUUCGCUUGAUCUUAAUGGUUCCCAGCCCAGAAGGAUAAAGCUCACUGCUCCAAACAUCAAUCUCUCAUUGGACCAGAGUGAAGGGUCUAUAUUGUCUGAUGAUAAUUUGGAUACACCCAAUGAAAUUGACAUUAAUGUAGAUGACCUUGACACUCCUGAUGAAGCUGACUCUUUCGAAUACACUGGACAAGAAGAGCAGACUGCUGCUAAGGAUGCUUCCCAGGAGGAGUCUGAAUCAAUCCCUGAGUACUCUGCUGAAGAGGAGCGAGAGGACAACAGGUUAUGGAGAACGGUGGUUAUUGGAGAACAAGAACAGAGAAUUGAUAUGAAAGUCAUUGAACCAUACAAAAAGGUCAUUUCACAUGGAGGAUACUAUGGUGAUGGCCUGAAUGCCAUCAUUGUGUUCGCAGCAUGCUUCUUGCCAGACAGCAGUCGAACUGACUACAACUAUGUCAUGGAAAAUCUCUUCCUAUAUGUAAUCAGUACCUUAGAGCUGAUGGUAGCUGAAGACUAUAUGAUUGUCUACUUGAAUGGAGCAACACCAAGAAGAAGGAUGCCUGGAUUGGGUUGGAUGAAAAAAUGCUAUCAGAUGAUUGAUCGACGAUUACGGAAGAAUUUGAAGUCAUUUAUAAUUGUUCAUCCCUCGUGGUUUAUCAGGACAAUUCUGGCUGUAACACGACCUUUUAUAAGCUCUAAGUUCAGCAGUAAGAUACAGUACGUCAACACAUUGGCAGAGCUUCGUGAGAUGAUUCCAAUGGAAUAUGUGCAUAUACCAGACAGUAUUGUCAAGUAUGAUGAAGAUAAGUGUAUUAAGAGAAGAAUGAGCAUCGACAUGACCUUGAAAUAAGAAGCAUCACUGCCAGGCAUUUGAAGAAGAGGGGUUCACGUGGAUUUUCGUCCCCCAGACAAUCGCAACCACGCUGUACAAUAAGUGAUUUGAUCAAUUGUGUUAGGUUUAUAAGUUUCCCCUGUCAUUCAGCAGUUCAAGAAGACCAAAAGGGUUUGUCCUAUGGUCUUGGAAACAGCAGAAUUUUGGGUCCUGGUUAUUUUUGUUGUUUUCAGAAACAGUUUUCAUUAGGAAAGCUGUAUCACCUAGCAUUGGUUUCUCUGUGUGUGCCAUUUCUGUUAAAAAGGAUACCAUCUUACCAACACUGUGCCUCAUGAAUAGGUCAAUGAGGAUGGGGAUUUUUUAAUUUUUGUCUUCAGCAUAUUAAUGUUUAUGCAUAGCUGAACGCAAUAGUUAUUGUUACAAUAAGUGUUAGUUUGCUUGUGUCACAGAGCAGCAGCAAUUUUACUGUUCAAAAAUAACUUCAGAAAUUAUGCAGGAUUUUCUUGAAUUUGACAGGCUUUGUUAGAUCAGGCUUUGGGUAGCCUGUCGUAGUGAAGGGUGCGAGCCCCUGCUCAAGGCAAAGGGGCUGGAGCUAGGUGAUUCCUCAGGGCCCUUCCAACUCAGAGUAUUCUUGCUUUUAUGAAUUUGUGUUUCUUGAGGUCUGAAAAGUCUUCCCAUCUGCAUUAAAUUACUUUUUUGUUUGAUCAGAGAGAAGUGUGAUAUACUAAAAAAUAAUAAUUAGGAACUAAAAAAUAAUAAUUAGACUUCCCAGAGGAUGAAUGAGUAACUGAAAUUAAUUUUAUUUUAAUAAUUUGGUUUAGUAUAUUUAUUUUAGGCAUAAUUUCAUAGAAGCAGCUAAUCCUGUAAAUUACUUUCAUAUAUUCUAAAAUCCUUGGAGCAUUAAUUUAUUGCUGCUUUCUAAGUCUGUUUCUUCCAGAACAAUUUUUAUAAGUUGUGAGUCUUCAAGUGACAUCCUGUCUCCAGUUGUAUAGGCUGUUAAUUCUCUGAAUAUUAAUCAAAUAUUCUUUCCUACUGGGAGCUGAAAGCUGGGAGUCAUAAUCAUUUGUUAGGAAUAUUUGUUAAAAUCUUGCUCCAAGAGUUUCUAUUAGAUAAAAAAAAUAAGUCUUAAAAUAGUAUUUGUUGUCUGUGUCACAGAGCACACCAGUAAAAACACAAAAAGGGAAAAACCCUAAGCAUCUUUUGUUUACCGGGGUCCUAUUUAUUUGCACAAAAUAUACUACAGUAAGUCCUACUCCUUACUGGGAAAUACAAGCUUCAGUUUCUCAGAUAAUGCUUCUACAGGAGUGUGCAAAUUAAUUAUCUAGAGAUUUCUUUUUGUCUGCUUUAAAAAGAUGAGAGUCAGGAAAAUUACCAAUGUUUUCUCUUACUCUAGUGAAUGCACACAGGCACUUUCCAAACCUCCUGACUUGCCUGCCUGUUGGGAAGUCUGAAUGGAAGUCUUAUUAUUACAUACUCUCUUAUUCUUUUUUCACAAGAUUCUUGUAUGGCCUAGAAUUACGUCUGUGGAUUCUUUACUUUGUAAAGAAAUCCUUAGACAGGACAAUUCAAGGUAAGUUGCACCUUAUUAGUAUGGUCUAGUCCUGCUUUCAGUUCAGAGUUAUUGAUGAAAGAGGAAACAAGCAAAGUAUUUCUUGGGGCAUAAAGUUUAAGCAGAGGCAGUAGAGCAUGAGCCUUCAUUUUUUCAGCAGGAUCUAAACUGAAAGUUCUAUUCUGUCCUUCAUUUAAAAGUUUGAUAGUUUUGGGGGUUUUUUUUGUACAUUUCCAGCUCUGUCAGUUUCUGUCUUGUAUUUGCAAGGUAGUCUGCAAGCAGUGAAGCAAAUUUUUGUCAUUGUGAGCAUAGUUGUUCAGCUACUGUAAUGAAGGCUGAGAAAAUUGUCAGAAGGGCAGAAGAGUGCUUUCUUAUUGGCCAUGAAAACCAAAAUAUGUGCCCUCUGCUCAGUGCUGGUAUCCCUGUCCUACUUGCUAGUCUGCUGUAUCACAUUUUUCUGUCAGUUCCUGUAAAUUUUCACAAAGGAAGGGCCUAAUCUUACUGACCAUUGUUGCUGCUCUGUAACCUUGUCCUAAACUAGAGUCUGGUAGUGUCCACCUUUUCUCAGAUAUUUGAAUCCUGGCUUGUGUCUGCCUUAUAAAAGUGCUGUCACUUAGUAUUGGGGAUAAUGUUUUAUGUACAGAUUAAUAUUUGUAUUGACUUCCAGAUGCUAAUUAAGCUUCAUUAAGAUCUAAACUAUUAAAAGCAUUUAGUAGCAUGAAGUUGCAUCAUUUGUAGACCUGUAGUUGAAGCCUCUUAAGAAAAGCCACAUGACCUGUGUUAUGCAAUAGAUGGGGCAAGUUUCCACUAGAAGAGAAGUUCACCACAAAGUAGAGGUUCAGCACAAAUCUUCAUUCACUCUUUGGGACUUAUGUGUGGUAUAAGAGAUUUGUGAUUUUAAUGGUGGACAUCAGAUCAGAGUUGAAUUUAAUUCUACUUGGCUUGUGUGAAGUUACCAAGCAGCAAAGUUACAAAUUAAUAUUAUUAUUAUUAUGGGCAGAAUAAUGGUGGCAGCCUGAGAUGAAAGGAAUUUGUUUAAGCCAGAUGGCACAUUAAAACAAAAUGGGGCAUUGAUGUGAUAGUUAAAAAAUGAUUGCAGGAUCAAAGUGUGGUUAUCUUUGCUUAUUAAUAUAUUUUGAAAAGUUUUUUAAUGUAAUGAUAAGGCAAUUCUAUGUUAUACUAACAAUAACAUAUCAAUAUUACUAAAUCAGUAGUUUGUUGAAAGAGAAAUAUAGUACAUAUGAUUGCACAGAUACAAGCUUUUAUAUAUGGAUUUUUUCUACUGUGUAUCAGAGUGCUCAGAUGAAAUAUAAAUUAGUAGUUGCAAAUUUUUUGUUAAAAUACCUAUGCUGACUUCAAUUAUAGAUUAAGCAAUACAAGGAUAUCUAAUAGCAUUGUAUGAAUAUAUAUACUUAUGAAUC